AUGGGCGACUUCAAACUGCAGCUCGAACCUUCGGACAAAAUCAUCUUCAGCGGAAAAAAACUCGGCGAAGAAGCAACGCCGGCAAGCAUCAAGAUCACCAAUACGCUAAAAGAAAGAAUUGCGUAUAAGGUAAGCUCGGUGACAGAGUGUCCCAUAGGAUGUGAGACGGUUCAGGUGAAAUGCACAUCAAACGAAAUGUUUCGCAUUCGGCCACCGGUUGGCGCACUGAAACCGGACGAUUCUGUCACUGUCUCUAAAUUAUGCAGAAGAUGUCCUUUAGAGGCGCAAAAGCACUUUUACUUGUUUGCAGGUGUUGUUUGCGUAUUCUUCCUAUGCUCAUCUGAACUGAUAUGCGCUGCUUGCCGCACUGCAUUCGCGCGCCGACUCCCUGCACCGCUGAGUCUACCAAAAACUCUAACAUUUAAUGCUGGUAAAACUGUUCCUGACAGCGGAAAGCAUUAUUUUGCAGUUUACUACAUCAAAGCACCCGACGAAAAGAAAGCCCCAAGAGCAACAUGGGCAGAUCAUAAGGGAGACCCGGAGGGAACAAAACGCCUGUAUAUAGAUUUCAAGAAGGAGGGUGAGGAAGAAAAGAAAGAUGAAAAGAAGGAGGGUGAGGAGAAGAAAGACGAAAAGAAAGAUGAAGAGAAGAAAGACGAGAAGAAAGACGAGGAGAAGAAGGAUGAAAAGAAAGAUGAGGAGAAGAAAGAUGAAAAGAAGGACGAGGAGAAGAAGGAAGAAAAGAAGGAUGAGGAGAAGAAGGAGAGGAAUAAAGCGCUCUCUAUUCCAGGAAGAGAAGAAGUGAAGUUAUCUCCCACCUGA